AUGUCUGUGUUUGAAGAACGCGCGCCUCUCUUGAAGGCGGCAGAGAAGAAGACGCGCAACAACAACAACAACUCGAACGACGAGUUUUCGGUUUUGAAUAACGAGGAGGAUGAAACGCUCAUGCUCUCUUCGAAGAAGAAGAACAAAAAGUCUGGUGGUUCCUCGAAAAGGCCCGGCGAGUGGAGGACCAAGUCGGUGAUGAUUGGGACCACGGCGUUGAUUUUUGGCGCGGCUUUAGUGUCCACGACGAGGACGAACGAGGACGGGAUGAACAUCAUGAGUAAAGGAGAAAGCGACGCCGGAAACAACAACAUCGAAGGGAACUUAGGGGCGACCGAGGAGGCAAAAUCAUCGGCAUCAAAAUCGUCGGCGUCGGCGUCCGCCGCCGAUAUGGUGACGCUGACGUUAGGGUGCACCUCCUCCUCCACGCUCGGUUUGCUUCCGUUCCCGAAUGGCGGUUUCGUCGGUAAGGUCGGCGCCAAGUUGUCCAUGAAGUCCAAAGACCAUAACUUUGCGUUCCAGCACGCGUUGGAUAUGACGGAAGUGGGAUGCGGGACGUACGUAAUUUCGCAAAAGUUGGAACAAGGCGAACAGUUUGGAUUUUAUCUGUACGACGUGAAAAACGAGACGAAUUAUUUGUCCGAUAUCGGCGCGCAAGCGAUCGAGGGCGGACCGAUUUCGGAGGCGGCGAGAAACGCCGCCGUGUGGGGCGCCGAAAGCGAGCUGUCCACGGAAGAAAACGCCAGCGAUAAGAAGCGGUUAGAAGAUGGCAUUGAUGCCGUCGCGAGCCAGCAGGCGGUGAAAACGAACGCCGCGGCGGUGGCGUACGCCGGGAGUCACGGGUUCAUCGACGCGGACGGGAACUUUGUGACGCCGCCAACGACGGAAAACGCAAAGGCGUUUGAAGACGCGCAAACUCAAGGCUGGUGGCCAGAGUUUUCGAGCACCACGGACUCAGAGACCGGGGUGACGAGCAUGAGCUACGUCGAUUGGGGAGCUUGGUUGAAAUGGUUAGUCCACGGUAACGAGUACACGUCGACGGACAUUGAAUGCGACGCCGCCGCGCAGACGUGCACGUUGCAAAAAUGCGAAGGUUGGGAGUGCACGGAUUACACGAUGCCAUGCACGGAAGGCGGGAGAGGAUGUCAAACCGCGGAAGAUUUUACGAGCGAGGUUGCGAGUUUAGGCGGAAAGGAAGUUUCCGUGCGGAAGUACGACAAGAGAAAAGAAGUUGCCAACGCAAACGCAAAAUUAGGAUCAUCAUCAUCAUCAUCAAACAAGAAGAAAGAAUCAUCAAAACGACACGGUACGAACAACAACAAUAACAACGAUAACAACGAUAUUCUCCAAAAGAGAAAUUUGUUGUGGAAGCAAACGACUUCCUCGACGAGAGCGGUUCCCUCGCUCGGUCUCGGUAAGGCUUACCCGACGCGCGUUAUCGUCAACAUGGCGCAAUGCACGAAGGAAAAGUCUUUCGGUAAAGACGAACUGAGCGGCGUUGAGUUUUACCCGAGAACGAAAGAUGGAUCCAACGCCGGUAACGUGUACUUGUUUGGUCAGUGCUACAACAUGAGAGAUACGAACACGUGCGAAGUGCCGACGGCUCACCAUCCGGCCGGGUGCCCGGCAGCACCGGGCGCGGCGCCGAAUACGGCGCCGAACGUGGCGCAGCAACACGCCAACGAGCACGUUUCCCCGACGACAGCGGCGAAAGCCGCGGCGGCUACUCCCACGUCUACUACCACCACGAGCGGCAACAACAACGCGGCUUCUACUACUUCAGCGUCGACCAACGCGGCAGCAGCAACGCCGACGUCUACAACUACUACGCCCAAGAACCCGCUCACGGACAGUAACAUCCACGCCGCCGUCGCGGCGUGUCUCGCCGUCGACCCGGUCGCCGGUAACUGCCCGGACGGAGAGUGGGGUAAAAUGAACACCUGGGACACGAAGAAAGUCACCAACAUGGACAAGUUAUUCUACGACCCGCCUUUAGCGGACAGCAACGACCGACUUUCCUCGUUCAACGGCCUCAUUGGCGUAUGGGACGUUUCCUCGGUCACGUCCAUGUCGCAAAUGUUCAAAGACGCGGAUGCGUUCACCGGUAAAAACUUUUACAAGUGGGACACGUCCAAAGUUCAAGAUAUGUCCGGCAUGUUCGAACACGCGACGUUGUUCAACGCCAAAAUCGGCGGUUGGGACGUCUCGAGCGUCAAAAAAAUGAACACCAUGUUCCAGAACGCUUUUUCUUUCAACCAAGACUUGUCCACCUGGGACGUCAGCUCUUGCACCGAUUUCACCCGCAUGUUCGCCGGCGUUUUAGACAAAGGCAUGGACAACGACAUCUCCAUGUGGAACGUCCAAGACGGCGCUCGCGAGAACAACGUCACCUACGAGUCCUACGCCUUCCAAGCCAAAUUCACGUGCGACUCCGUGGACGACGGACCAAUCAACUCGUGCAAGCCAAAAGCGAGCGCCGAACGAGCCGCGUCGGCAAAGUUAGCCCAAGCCAAGGGCGCAAAAAUCACCCGCGAGGAAGCCACUCGCGAGGCGAGAGAGUUUCAAGCGUCGCUCGAGGAGAAGCGUUGGUUGAAGCCGUCCACCUGGUUCAAAAACUAA